AUGAACGAGCAGCGACAAAGGAGCACGAAGAGCCCCUCUCUCAUCUCCCAUCUCCCUGAGGAGUUGAUUCCACAAAUUCUGCUGAGGUUACCGGUGAGAUCUCUGGUUCGUUUCAAAUCGGUAUGCAAAUCGUGGUUGUCUCUCAUUUCCGAUCCCAAAUUAGGUAAAUCUCACUAUGAUAUAUCUGCUUCACCCACUCGCCGAUGUCUUACGAAAGGCAAUGAUUCUGAAGUUGAGUCCAUAGAUGUAGAUGCAUCACUUCGAGACAAUUCCUGUGUAGUAAACCUCAAAUUUCCGCUUCCACCACCCCGUGAGGAAUAUGUUUUUGGUCUUGACCCCCCUAGCGAUGUUGAGUUUGUGGGUUCAUGUAGAGGGUUUGUUCUUGUAGCAUAUCCACAGGGUGAUGUCAUUGUAUGGAAUCCAUCAACCGGAGAGCAGAGAAGAAUUGCAGACGACCUUGAUGAGAUGAUGAGAUGA